CUAUACAGCUCAAUAGGCUGUGGAUAGUUGCGCUGUGACUUGUUGGUCAGUGGACGCGAGACAUAUUCUUGUAUUAUCCAAGUGACGUGCCUGGCAGAGCGCAGAGGAGUGCACGGGCUCUCACCGUAGUGUCAUGCUCCACCAGUUCCGUCUGUUUCCGCUUCCUGGCGUGCAAAUACGUACAGUGCUUGUGUGAAUUUUGUAUCCCUCAUCUGCCCACUGAAAAGAAAGCUUAGAAAGUAUCCAGCAUGAAUGUUGGGGUGCCUCUGUUCAAUAAGACUUCUCAAGGUCAUUUGCGUGCUACAGGUCUGCAACCAACACAGAUAGAGAAUGAUUUCAUCUAUUUAAACAGCUAUGAAGAGUUUCAUAACAAUCCAAUUCCAGGAACCUCUCAGGAAACGCAGCCGCAAGAAGCAUCCUUGGUUUUUGCAGUACAGCCACCGGACAAGUAUCGCUUCCGAUAUUUAUCCGAAAAUGGGAGCCAUGGCCAAUUAAAGACCAAUUCAGUCUUCCCCAAGGUAGAGUUGAAAAACUUCCACAAACCAGGACCUGUGGAAAUCAAAGUAGAAAUCUACACUUGGGAUCCAGAUCCUAAAAAGCGCCAGCCUCACCGCAUUCUCCAGUUCAAGCAAAGGAAAGGCCUCAAAUCCUCGAUCUCUUACACAUGCUACAAAAGGAAGGGCUGUUUUCACACUGAAUUAAAAGGAGUUCGUAUCAUGAAACUAACCAAGUCUGAUCUUCAAAAAGAGCAUAAAAUGACGUACGAAGCAGCCGAGGCGGCAUGGAGCCAGGAUCGUGACCUACCAGGAUGUCUCAGAGUCGAGGCAAGUUACCAGAAUAACGUCAUUGGAACCAUUUACUCCAAUACAAUUACAACCCUUCUUCCUUCCAGUCUGAGAAUACAUAACGUUUUUCCGAAGCAUCUGCGCGCACGAGAAGAACUCUGUAUACUUACGGACCUCGUCAAGAAAAAUGACAUCGAGGUGUUCCUUAUGAAUGAAGACACACACAACGAGCUGAUGUGUCCGAUAAAAACUUACCACCACCGGUUCACAAUUGUCUGCAAAAUACCAGAAAUUAGAAAUCAGGACAACACAAACCCAGUACAACUGAAAUUGUAUUUACAACGUCCAUCUGAUAAUACCAUGAGUAACUAUUACGAAGUGACGUACACCAACGAUUACUACCUACCUCGGAAAAGAAAACGAGCGAGUCUGCAAGGACCAGAGGACUGGGACGUUUGUAGUGACUUGACACCAUUGCAAUCACAGCAACAAUAUCCAAUACAACAGCAGCAGCAGCAGCAGCAAUAUGACCCACAGCUACAACAACAAUGGCAUUGGGAUCAAAGCGUUUGUCAGCAACAACACCACCCUCACGAGUCAUCACAAAGCCAACUGCAGCAUGAGCAGCAGCUUAUGCCAAUUGUACAGCAGGUCCCAAAUUAUCUCGUUCCACAUCAGCAAAAUCCUGCCGUUCCGCAGCAGUCGCAAAAUCAACAGGUAUCUCCCAUACCCAACCACGUCCAAGUUCCAGGGAAUCAAGAGUCGCCGUCAAAUUACUUCAGUUUCUCUGACGAGUCGGGACAAAGCCAGUCAUCGUUCUCGAACUCAGCGCCAGCCGGUCAUCUGCUUAAUAUGGGACUCACACAGCACGGCGAGGUACAAUCACACACCGGUCACGGGCAGUUUCCUGAAGGUCUGGGCAACAAAAUGGACUGCACCACCAACGAUAAAUAUGACAACAACUUCAGUGGUCAGCAAAAUCACCCGAUCAGGUCACUUGACAAUACUUACAUGAGCAACUCCGACAGUAAUGCAAUAUACAGUUACGGCCCACUUGGUAAUAACACUAGCCAGUAUAAAACAAUUUACGACGAUAGCUUUGACAGAGAUUACGAAUACGAUUCGUGUAGUAAUGAGGAUGACUCACGUCCGAAUAACACUCGUCGUUCACAAGAUGCACCUCUUCCCAAGGAUUUCAGGGACGAGGAAGAAGAAAACAAAGCAAAUCAAGGUAUACAAACCAGCAACACCUUGGACGUAGACGAAACAACGCAAUUUGAAGAAGACGACAAGCAAAAGGCCUAUAGAUUUGGGGAAAUGGAUCAGCUCAUAAAGGGGACAGAACAUAUUAAUAUUAAAAGAGAAACUGAGGUGCGAGACACAGCAACAAACACUAGUUACUAUACAGGUUCGAUCCCAAAUGGAAGGUUCAAUGAAAAGGACUCACAAUACGCUGACCAUGCUGAGAGAACAGAUCGAAGUGCUGAGAAAACAGAUCAGAGUGAAAGUAUUGAAGAGGAAGGGAAGCAAAACCGACCACUUCUUAUUGGUGUGAAUAUUAGCAAAAAGGACCCUAAACAAAGAAAUGACAGUAACUCAAAUACAACUGGAAACCCAGAACAGGAUAAAGAUAAAUCUUAUGAUAAUGGCGGGGAAAAAAACUUUGAAAGGUUACUUGCCAAUGCUGAACCUGAUAGUGAGAUAAUAUCAACUGGAAAAUCACAAAAAUCACUGGACACUGGGUUGUAUGAGAAACAUCCUUCAGGUGCUGACAUCAAAGAAAAAAAUUUAUAUUCCACCGAAGGCAACAUAAAAAUGAACAAUCAUUUUGCACGAAGAGUGAGAAAUAAUACAAAGGAUGCUACUAGGAAGGAAGCGAGUACAGUACAAGAUUAUAAUAAUCCUGGCGACAAAACUGAAAAUGAUGAGCAGAGCUCACGGAUUUCUGAGACGGAGGUGCAACAGAGCCUCGAGUCUCAAAAUAAAAGCGAGAACUCGGAACAAAAUAAUUCUGAAUUUAUAUACAAAGUCCAGAUGACUACUCAGGUUAAAAACAAAAGUGACAGGCAGGGGGAAGAAACAACAGAGGAUGGGGAAGGGGGGAAGGAGGAGGAAGUGCAAGAAGAGUUUGGUGACGAGAAGGAAAAGAAGGCGGAGGAGAAGCAAGAAGUGGAGGAGGAGGAGGAAGGGGAAGAUGACGAGGAGGAAGAAGGGGAAGAUGAAGGGGAGGAGGAGGAGGCGGAAGGGGAUAAUGACGUGGAGGAGGAGGAAGAAGAAGAAGAUGAUGAGGGGAGGAGGAAGGAGGAGGAAGUUUUUGGUCCACGAAGAGAAAAAUGGCGGAGGCGAGCAAAAGUGGAAAAGAUGGACGAGGAGACGAGCAAUGAACGAUGGAGGAGGAAGAGGGGGAAGAAGGGGGAGAUGGAGGGAGGAAGAAUGAGGAAGAAUAGGGGAGGAGGGAUGAAGCAUAGGGUAGGGUAG